GGCGAAGAUAUUCAUCGGAGACAAUGUUGGGGUGACUUCUGAGGCCUAACAACGGGAAGACGCGAAUACGACAUGCUGGUGUGUCCCGAGGAGGAGAUGGUCGUGGAGAGGACACUUGGUGACAUCUCCGUGUUUGCGAGGCAGGAGGAGGCUUCAUCUUCCAGGGCGGCAACGGAUGCUUCUCCGCGGCAGUCGAGGACAGAGGAAAGGACGUCAUCGAUGAGGGCGAUGAGUCAGGUUCCGACAUGGACCCUGACGAUCUUAGGAUGAUCGAUGAGGGGCUCACUCAAAUCGAGGUGAUGAUUAAGGGAGGCUCUAGGACUAUCACUAUCCCAACGGAUCGUGAUUUGUUGCGAAAUACCGAGGAGGUGCUCCCUGCUCUCGGUUCUCUCUGCUCCGAUGCCGAGGGCGUCACCCUAAAGGAGAUAACUGACAGUACCCUGUCAAAGAACAUUGUCGAUCUCGCUCUCAGUACGCUCAUUUUGGAAAUUGAGAGUGCUCGGAGGGAGAAGAGACGUAAAGAAAUUUACGUGAAGUUGAAGGGUAUUUACGAAAAGUACCAUAGAAAGUACGGGACCUUCGGAGGCAACUUCGCGAAGAGAGUGACGUACCGGCCUUGAGAGAAGAACUGAAGAAAAAGGAUGAAAAGCUCAUGGCGGCAGUGGAGAGGUUCAACGUUCUUGAGGGAGCAUUGAAGAGAAAAGAAGAACUCGAGCUAAGUAAGGGUGUGUAGGCCCAAUGCAGCGAUCUUCAAACUCGGCUGGUUUAACUGCGAAGCCAGUUGGACGGGUGCCAGCUCGAAAUCGACACUCUCAGGGGUAGGUCGUCGCGAAGCAAUAGUUGCUCGAGCAGGCGGAGUCUUCCCGACUAGAUGCUCGGAGAAAGGUUGACAUCCUCAAGCUAGCGAAUAGGACUCUCCCCUCUGGGCGGGAUAAUGUUUUGUCAACGGCUAGAGCUAAAGAGGAACGACUUGAGGAGAGGAUUGGGGAGCUGGACAAGGAAAACUCUGAGCUGCAUGAUCGAGUUGUUGCUCUUGAGGCCGAGAAAGCCCAGCUGCUUGCGCGACCCUUUUCAUCUAAUGCUUCUGAGUAUCCUAACAUUCCUCGGGAGCUGUACGAGGAGUGGAUCCACGUUGAGGCGCGACUGGAUGUGCUCCGUGAUUUGAAUACGGUGGGAUCUAUUUUUGAGACAGCCCUCGAGGAUGCUCGAGUCAAAGCUCGUGAGGCUCGGCUCGCUUGUGAUUAUGAUCAUGCUACACCCCAACCUGGUUCCGAGGAGGAUGAGGAUAAGGGUGUGGACCGGCUUGCGGACGGUGCUUGGUUUGACUCCGCUUAAGGUCAAGGCAAGGAUGAAGAGGGCGUCGAAGGUCGGGAUGGUGAUGGCCACUUGUUUUUGUUUUAACUUCUUGUAUUUUAUUUGUUGGUGUCUUCGUGCGGUUUUUGUUAGAACUCUUCGUCUGAAUACCAAAGCUGUCUUUUGUUUUA